AUGAAUAAUGAAUGUUCCGUACACCGUAAUAUCAAUGGCACUGGUCUGUAUCGGCAGCUAGAGGCGAUUGCCAUUGAGCUUAUCGGGCGUGGAGCAGCUCCAGCACCAGAGCCGCUGGCUGCACGUGACCGCAGCGAUGGCACAGGCCUAGAGACAGCCGGACCAGCUGCGGCCCCGACGCCAACAAUUCCCUCGAGCCACUCUCGACAGGGUUCAUCGACGGCCAUUGUCGACCCCCCCAGAUCCUCCCUCACUCCCCGAUUCCUGCCUGAAGCAGCCGCGCGACGUGCGAAAUUCACCAUGUCGUCAACAGGAGUCAACGUCCUCCGGUGGUCCGCCCUCGCCUUUGGCGUGUUCUACGGCUUCUCCCACCAGCGCACUAUCACCACCACACAGCGAGCUCAGCACGCGCAGCACGAGUACGAGCAGAAGCAGAAGCUGAUAGACCAGGCCAAGGCCGAGUACGCAAAGAAGAACAGCCCCGUCGCGGCAGCAGCAAACGAUGCCGCUACCGAUGUCAACAGCCCUGAAUUUGACCUCGAGAAGUACCUGCUGAAGAUCGCCAAGGAGAGCCCUUGA